UGUUUCUCAAAGGGUUUCUGUAUCAGGCUGUUUCGCUGGCAGUUUCUCAUCUUGAAUUUAUGUGACAGUAUUCCUAUAACAUGUUAAUACCACUAAAGGCUGAGGGGCUGUGUUCCUCUGUAAUCAUAACAUUAAUUAAGCAGUCAAAGAAUAUUUAAAAUGGCAGUGUUUAAUGUAAACUAUAUGCAACUGAGCACACAAGAGUCUCUGAUCGCAUUAAAGUAGUACAGACCUCUUUAAUAAAAAGAAGUUUGUGACCAUAACAACCGGAAACCAUAGAGUAUCAGAAUAAUUCUAGUCCGUCCUACCACUCAGAGGAGCUCUGCUAAUGCAGUUUGAACACUAUAAUUUCCCUGUGUGCAGACUGUGAAAAGUACUAACAUGCCUGAAACAGUAAGAGUUGCUUUGUCUGCUUGCUGCCAGAUGCUAAAACAAACAGACUCUAAAUUAAUUUCAGUUCCUUCCUUCCUUAGACACUGAGAUCCUGAUGAGGUGUUACGAAUGGUCUACUUUGUUGUGGCAUUUUUGCAGAGGAUAUAUUUUUACAUUUUAUGAUUUGGCAUCAGCAAGAUUUGCUCUUAGUUUCGUCUGCAGUGUGCUGUUUCUCAAAGAGCCGGUGUCUUACUCUGCAAUGAGUUCAGGUUCAGUAAAUGGCGAGAAACUUGUUAGAUCUUGGUUUCUUCCAGUGUGUGUUCAGCAUAUGUAUGGAGUGUGGCGUGAUCUUGCUUUAGAGCUGUGUAACUUGUGAAUCUAUCUGCUUCGGUUUGUUCCUGUUUGUUUUCACCUUUUGGCACAUUUCCAUUCCUAUAUUAAUAAUUCAUGGAUCCUAGGGCAACUGCAGGACUUUACCUGUUUUUCUCAAAUGCUCCAGUAUCAACAAAGUGACAUUUUUAUCUUGUGCAAGCAAUUACUACCUUCCUGAUAAGUUUUGCAACAGUGUGAUUUUAACCUUCAAGCCACCAUGUCUUCAUCUUCCAUCAGGAGAUGAGUGUUGCUGCUGCAGUAACAGCGUGAAAAACAAAUACCGUUUGAAAAAAAACAAACCGCAGAACAACAAACUGCAGGUUGGUCAUUGAGGUGGCUGUUUCAGGCUGUUUUUUUAUAGAUGGGACCACAUAUGUCUGAAGUUCACUGUAGCAACAGAAUCGAUCUUGCUCCCACUGCCUUAAAUCACCCCUCACUCUUUGUUAUUUUUUUCUUAAAUAUUUUAUUUAAAAGUCCAGAUUUUCUGAAGCCUUAUGAUGCAGCUGGCACAAUCCAUGACUAUGUGGUUGCCAUGCUGUGUGACCUGAAGAAGCCGCUCAUGUCUAUCCAGAAUGCUGCCAGCUGGGGUUAUUUUGAUUCCAGAAACAAAAGCUGGAAUACUGACAUACUGAAAAAGUCCGGCUUUCCGCUUCACUUGCUUCCAGAGGUGAGAGACCCUGGCAGUAUUGCAGGCAGGACAAUCUGUGCAUGGCAUGGAAUACCCAAAGGAGCAAAAGUAGGAAUUGCUCUGGGAGAUUUUCAGUGCUCCGUUUAUUCCUGUCUGACUGAGAGGACUGAUGCAGUUCUUAAUAUCAGUACCUCUGCUCAGCUGACUGUCUCAAUGCCCUUGGGUUUCCAGCCUCCAGAGACACCAGAUCCUUCCUCAGCUGUUACUUACUUUCCCUACUUCAAUGGUGACUACUUGGCAGUGGCAGCAUCACUUAACGGAGGCAAUGUGCUAGCGACAUUUGUGGACAUGGUGGCACGGUGGACAGGAGAGCUAGGACUUCAAGUUCAGGAGUCUGACGUCUAUAUGAAGAUAAUCCAAGCAGCCUUGGCCCAAAAUGACAGCAAGCUCUCAGUCCACCCUACUAUAUUUGGAGAAAGACAUGUUCCUGAGCAGCUGGCAUCGGUGACCAAUAUUGCUGCCUCUGACCUUUCCCUGGGUCAUGUAACUAGAGCUCUGUGCCGUGGCAUUGUUGAAAACCUCUGUUCCAUGUUGCCCGUGCAGCGCAUGAUGGAGACGGGAGUGAGGAAGAUUCUGGGGAGUGGGAGUGCCCUUGCCAAGAAUGAGGUGCUGAGGCAGGAAGUGGAAAGGAUUUUUCCAUUCUCUGUGGUUUACGGGAAAGAUGUUGAUGCUGCUGUGGGGGCUGCCAUGGUGAUGUUCCACAGAAAAUAAAGUCAUUGUUUGGAAUGACCUGAGAUGCAGCUUCUUU